GCUUCGGCUGCUGUCGCGAACUCUUGAGACUGUUGCCAGUCUCGGACAAUCCCUUCCUCCCCGCCCUCCUCCCAUCCACCGACCUUUGAAUAACGACCACCCAUCAUGGCCUCUCGAGCCGCCAUCCCGUUCCUGGUAGCCAUGAUGCUCCUAACGGGUGUUUGCAACACGCUCCUCACCAAAUACCAGGACAACCAAUGUGUCCGGAACUGCUCAGACCCAGAUCCCAAGAAGUGGGCCCACUUCGAGCAGCCCGUAAUCCAGACGGCACAGAUGUUCGUCGGCGAGGCGGGCUGUUGGCUAGUCGUCGCCGCCAUGGCCCUAUGGCGGCGCUACAUCUCCAAGAAGGUGCCCUCCACUGCCGCUUCCGGCUACGAGGCCGUCAGCACCUCCGAGCCGGCCGACCGGGACGACGCCAGCAGCAUCCACUCGCGAACAGCGUUGAACGGCUCCUCCUCCUUCCCACAAGCCGCGGCUAAUACCGACCACCACCACAACAACGGCGACGAUGACGACCAUCACCGACACCACCAUAAUGGCCGCCACGACAAAGCCUCCUCGGUCCUCCGGGGCUACCGCGUCCUCCUCCUGGCCCUACCGGCCAUCUGCGACAUCCUGGGCACGACGCUCAUGAACGCGGGCCUGCUCCUCGUGGCGGCCAGCAUCUACCAGAUGACGCGGGGCGCCCUCGUGCUCUUCGUCGGCCUCUUCAGCGUCGUCUUCCUCGGCCGCCGCCUGCGCCUGUUCCAGUGGCUGUCGCUCGCGGGCGUCGUCCUGGGCGUCGCCGUCGUCGGCCUCGCGGGCGCCAUCUGGCCCGACAAGAAGGUCGUCGAGGCCGCCAUGUCGGCGGUGGUCGUGGACGGCGGAGAAGGCAUCGAGUCCUCCGACGCACUGAGGGUCAUAGCGGGGGUGCUGAUGAUCGCCGGCGCGCAGGUCUUCACGGCUACGCAGUUCGUGCUGGAGGAGUGGAUCCUCGAGAGGUCGCCCAUCGAGCCCAUCAGGGUCGUCGGCUGGGAGGGCCUGUUCGGCUUCACCGUCACCGUGCUGGGCAUGAUCGUCCUGCACCUCACCGUCGGCAGCACCGACGCCGGCCGUUACGGGCCCUUCGACAUAGUCGAGGGCUGGAGGCAGAUUACCCACAACAGGGCCGUCGCCGUCUCCAGCCUCCUCAUCAUGGUCAGCAUUGGUGGGUUCAACUUCUUCGGCCUGUCGGUGACCCGGAGCGUGAGUGCGACGUCGCGGUCGACCAUCGACACGUGCCGGACGCUCUUCAUCUGGAUGGUCUCGCUCGGCCUGGGCUGGGAGACGUUCAAGUGGCUGCAGGUCGCCGGCUUCGCGCUGCUCGUCUACUUCACCUUCCUGUUCAAUGGCAUCGUCCAACCCCCGUUCGCCUGGCUCAGGCCCGACGAGGAGGUCGAGGAGCUGCUACCCGAGGAGCCCAUUGAACACAACUAGGUCCCGGGCUACUUCUUCGCUUUUCAUUUUGCUUUUUCAUUUCCUCUCCUUUUUGUUUUACAUAGCAGCCGUGUAUAUCUCUAGAGGGGG